AUGAUAUCCAGUAGGGCUGUUAUGGGCUUUGAGUGGUCCUUCAUGGCCCUCGCCUACACAUCAGUCGCCUGCCGCAUUUAUGUCCGCGUAGUCAUGAGAAAAGCGCGAUUGUUCUCCGCUGACUACUGGCUCAUUGCUGGCUUAUUGUCCUGCCAGGGUUUACUGAUUUGCGACACUAUUACUUACUCCAUGGAUGCGAUGGAUAAUUUCACAAUAGAUAAUGUCGCUAUUCGAAAGGUCCGAUUUGCGACAAAUCAUUUGUUCGACACAGGCAUAUACUUUCCAAAAUUCAGCAUCAUCGCCUUCUAUUUUAACCUUGUGCCAAUCUCGCAACCAAAAAUGCGCAUUGCGCUCUAUUGUCUAGCUGGCAUUACGGCCUCUUUUGCGGUCAUCACUUUCUUCUGCGACUGGUUCUGGUGCGGUCCUGAUCCUUCGGUCAACUGGGCAAAAGGAGAACAAGAGUGCACAUCCUUCACAUCCAUGACACUUAUGCGGCUUCUGUGGUCUAUGAACUUUAUAUCCGAGGUGCUGAACGUAGCAUAUCCGAUCCCAUUACUGGCCACCCUCAAGAUGACUUCAACACGUAAAAAGAUCGGACUAGCUAUCGUUUUCAGCCUGGGCGUCAUUACAAUCGCUGUCAGCGUUGGUAGAUUUAUAACCAUGGUCUACGUUGACAAUGCCAUAUCUAUAUACAUUUGGGCAACUGCUGAGAUCUGUAUCUCUGUCAUAGUCGUCGCUCUUACAGCAGUUCGGCCCCUCCUGCGAAAGCUCAUCAACCUGAAAUCUACGACGUUACUCACGAGCGAAGACCAAUCAGGAGUCCAAGCAAUACCACCGAAUCGUUCCCGGAAACCAGGAACUUUUAAUGGCGGAACAGGGGUCUACUGGCAGGGAACAGGAAAGAACCAUCAGAGGCACGCCGAGACCAUGAGUCCAGAAAGUAUAGCUGGCAGCGAGACGGAGCUGAACAACAUAAACGGGAUAACACUGUCGCAAAAUGUAACAGUGUCCAGGGAGACUAUUACUAACAGUGUAAAUGGGCAGCCAGAGUAUAGUACAGUACAUCGAAUAGAAAGUGUGUAA